CUUGGAGCAACAACAACGCAGUGCUAUCUUUCACGUGUAUUUUUUUAACCAAAUUAUUGACUGUGAUUUGGUAGCUGCAUAUUUCAGUUUUGUGAGCAAUUACAAUUUAUAGAUACGCAAUGUCAGCGAAUAAGACUUACGAGCGUCCGGCCGACUUUAUAGAUCCUGGCCAGCCCUCGAAAUGCACCUGGCAUCUGGGCACCAAGGAGCAGACGCCCCAUACGCAGCGUGACAUGCCGCGCCACGGGAAGAUCUCACCGGAUAUCUUGACAGUGAUCGGCAGCACGCCCAUGGUCAGGCUCAAUAGUAUACCCGCCAAGGAGGGCAUCCAGUGUGAGAUGUAUGCCAAAUGCGAGUUCUUGAAUCCGGGUGGUUCGGUCAAGGAUCGUAUUGGCUAUCGCAUGGUUCAGGAUGCAGAGGAAAAAGGACUACUGAAACCGGGUUACACCAUCAUUGAGCCGACAUCCGGCAAUACGGGCAUUGGUCUGGCCAUGGCAAGUGCCGUAAAGGGCUACAAGUGCAUCAUUGUCAUGCCCGAGAAGAUGUCCAAUGAGAAGGUUUCUGCACUGCGUACACUGGGCGCCACGAUAAUACGCACGCCCACUGAGGCGGCGUACGAUUCGCCGGAGGGACUCAUCUAUGUGGCACAGCAGCUGCAGCGCCAGACGCCCAACUCUAUUGUGCUGGAUCAGUAUCGCAAUGCCGGCAAUCCGCUGGCCCACUAUGAUGGCACGGCCGCCGAAAUACUCUGGCAGAUGGAUAAUAAGGUGGAUAUGAUUAUUUGCGCAGCUGGUACUGCGGGCACCAUUAGCGGUAUUGGACGCAAAAUCAAGGAGCAAGCUCCCAAUUGUCGAGUUGUGGGCGUCGAUCCGUUUGGAUCGGUACUGGCGAGUCCACCAGAGCUAAACAAGACUGAUGUACAGUUUUAUGAGGUGGAGGGCAUUGGCUAUGACUUUCCACCCACUGUCUUUGACGAAAAAGUAGUCGAUGUAUGGACGAAGGUCUACGAUGCCGACUGCUUCCCCAUGAGUCGUCGCCUCAAUGCCGAGGAGGGUCUGCUCUGCGGCGGCUCCAGCGGUGCCGCAAUGCAUGCAGCUCUGGAGCAUGCACGCACCCUUAAGCCCGGCCAGCGUUGUGUGGUUAUACUACCCGAUGGAAUUCGCAACUAUAUGACCAAGUUUGUAUCCGACAAUUGGAUGGAAGCCCGUGGCUUCAAGCAGCCAGUCAAUGAACAUGGACACUGGUGGUGGAAUGUGCCCAUAUCGCAGCUACAGCUGCCUAAGCCAAUUGCUCUGCUUAAGUCGGACACCAGUUUUGGGGAUGCCAUUGCGCUUAUGAAGAAACACCAUGUGGACCAGCUGGCCAUGGUCGACCAGAAGGAUGGCAGCGUGCUGGGCGUUGUGACUCAGGAGACACUCAUGAAUCAGAUUGUCAGCAUGAAUCGCCAGUUGAAUGAGCCGGUGAUUAAGGCCCUUAACAAGCGAAUCAUUCGCUUGCUUGAGACUGAAAUACUUGGCAAGCUAGCACGUGUGCUAGAGGUCGAUCCCAGUGUUCUAAUCAUUAAAAAGGCUGCCGAUGCGAAGGAUACGAUCCUGGCACUGGCCACUAAGCUGGAUGUCACCUCGUUCAUUGCCUCGGGCAAUGACGCCAAGCAAAAUGGCAACGGAAUUGGUGAUCAUUAGUGCCCCCGGCGAAAUCGAAACGUCUUUCGCUUGCAAUAAUAUAUAACUUAAUAUACUUAAACCCCAACAAUUGUGUGCAUUUAAUAUUUGAUAUUUUGUCUAUUAAAAAUAAGUU